CGAGUGACCCGACAACGUCGCUCGCUGGAUCGCGAACACUGCUGCACCUAACAGUCGUCGUUCGGCUGUUCUUUCGUGGCCAGUAGCGUGGAGCGUGGAUACUAGGUAGUGGGCAGUGGUCGUCGCUGUCCGCGUCUCUGAAGUCUGACAGUGUGUGUCGGACUGUCGCGUUACUGUCCACGCGGGCCCGAUUGGGGCCUCUCCCCUACGAUACAGAGAGAGAGAGAGAGAGAAAAAAAGAAAGAGAGAAGGCCGAGAGAAGUUCGCGGGUACACACGAUGACACAUUCGGUAACGCAAUCGUCGACAACAACGAGCGUACCCAACGGGACAGAUGCGGCAACGGUCGAGCUGACAGCGAUCGUGACGAAUACAACAAUAACAACGGCAACGAGAUUACAACAGCAACAGCAGCAGCGUACCCGUUUACCACGAUAGUACGUCGCUGUCGCAGCGUGACGAGGGAGGACGGGGGGGGGAGGAGGAAAAAAAAGGAGAGCGCGUUUCGCGUUCCCGAAUGCGGAUGUGUCGCGUCGCGCGCUCCGAACGAGAUACACGCACCCGCCGCCCGAGUUCGUUCCAGGAAGCGCCUAGCGGGGAGAAACGUCUCGUCGCCACGAAGUAUACGAGAGUUACACACGUGAGAGAGAGGUGUAGGAGAGAAAGAAACCGCGAGAGGACACAAGCUAGCUCGAAUUGAUCGUUGCCCACGUUAUACGUGCAUUGGCGCGGUACACGAAGGGGAAAGCGGGAGAAGGACAGAGAGAGAAAGGAAAAGAGGGGAAAAAGAACAGAGUUACGAGAAAGAGGGAGAGAGAGAGAGAGAGAGAGAGAGAGAGAGAGAGAGAGACGGGCGCCAUUCGGAAGUAACAGUGUCAAAGCACUCGCAGCCGUCUCGGAGCAGCAGUCUGCGCUAAAUCGUGCGAUGGAACGCGCGAGCCGCGCGCGUGCCAUCGUCCUCCCCGUCGUCGUCGUCGUCGUCGUCAACGCGUAUCGAAGAUACGCGCGUGAGGAACAGUGAGGAAGUCCAAAGUAACAGCAGUGAUCGUCGUCGCCGUCGUCGAGUCAAGUGUCGCUGGAAGCGAGAGCGCUACUCUCUCUCGAACUCUCGGAACCGUCUCGUCGUCUCCGUCCGAUCGGAGCCGAACGCACAGCUCGCCCUCUCGCUCUUGCCUUCGUGGCGCGGGCGCCGCCACCCGCCACCACCGCUUGCCUGCCUGCCUUUCCGCCGCCGCUGCCAGCGGAGUUUUCACUGCGGCGCGCGUGUGCCACACGCGCAUACGUUCCGCGUACGUGUGCGCGCGCGACGAGAUACACGACGAGCGGACGGACGAAUGCGACCGGUCCUACCGUGCGUACGUGCCGGAGCGAAUCGAGGAAAGCCCCGAGGGGGAAAAAUUCUCCCGGAUAAUGAAAUGCUGCUCCGCGUGCACCCUGGACUAGUAAAGUGAUCGGUCGCCGUGCUUUUCCGUGUGUAUACCUUUCUGCGGGAAGGAUAGAGAAGGUGGCGGAACGGAAGGAAAAGAAGGAGGAGGAGGAGGAAGCAGCAGCAGCAGCAGCAGCAACGAAAGAGAGAGAGAGAGAGAGGCAGACACAGAUUAGGUUAGGCUGAACUCACGUCCCGUCUCCCCUCCCCCCUCUCUCUCAUUCCUCUGCUGCGGCACGAUAGGACGCUCUAUCUCGCUUCGAUGUGCACGCCCGUUUCCAUCUGACUUGUGCGGCGCUCUCGAGAGACGAGGACGGCAUGACGGAGUGGGAAGAGAAGAGACCGAGGAAAGGGAGCAAGGAUAGACUGCUGCAGGAUCCGAGGUGGAAAAACGGUGGAAAGACACAAAUGCCGAUCGCCGAUGGAACAACCUCUACGGUCGGCGCAUCGACGACAACGGCAACGAGGACGGCGACAGCGACAGCAGCAGCAACGACGACGACGACGACGACCACCCAUCAUCAUCAUCAUCGUCACCAUCAACAUCACCAUCACCAUCAUCAUCGUCACCACCACCAUCACCACCAUCACGUAUCCCUCGCCGCUGGCAUGUGUUUCAUCGACAGACUUUCAGGGAAGCGGCGGCACGUGCACCGGAGUUCGGGCCCAGGUGGUGUCGCCCGCGUUGCUGAGGAAACGCAAGAAGGAGAGGUCAAUGAUAGAGGAUGCCGCCGAGAGGAGGAAAAGGCGGACGGGAUAUCAAUCGAAGAGAUUAGCUCCUCGUCGGUAUCUAGGAGCAAAGUUCCCGUUGAUGAUGAUGUCACCGAUCGCCAUUAUCAUUCGCCACCUUACCUCUGCUGUAAUCACCGUUACCAUAGUCAUCGUCUCCCGUCGUCGUCGUCGUGUCAACGAUACCACCAUCGAAGGGAUAUCGAUGACGGGAGCAGCGACGGCAAUGUCGACGAUACCGGCGACAAUGACGACGAUAGUGGCGACGAUGAUGACGAGAGGGAUGAGAACGAUGAGAUCGACAACGACAAAGAGGAGCAGGAGGACGAUAAGUGCCUCGAACGUCUCCAACCUCGCCUUGAUCGGUUCUACGAUCCGCGGCCGCGCGGAAAUGGCGACAUCGACGCUGAAGUCCAAGUCCGUCGAACCGAGACGACGACGACGACGAUUGUUCAUCCUCUCACGCGUACCUCACCUAUCACGACCACCGCCGUCGCCCACCCCUCUAUCGUCACUGCCAUGACGAGAGGAUGCAAAAUUCCGCCUUACUUCACGACUAUACUACUUCUUUCCUACACUCUUUUCGGUAUAGCAGACGCUUGCUCGUCGCGUUCAACACCAAGACCAAGGCCGCCGACGCCAACGGAUCGGCCAAAUAUUACAUUCCACAUGUACACGUGUCCACCGGAUUACGCAGAGUGGUAUUGUUUGAACGGCGCCACGUGUUUUACCGUGAAAAUUGUCGACUCCCUUCUGUACAACUGUCUAUGCGCCAAUGGAUUUAUCGGGCAAAGAUGCGAGUUUAAAGAUUUGGAUGGUUCCUAUUUACCUUCACGGCAACGAGUAAUGUUGGAGACAGCCAGCAUCGCCGGUGGUGCCACAAUAGCAGUAUUCCUCGUCGUUAUUAUUUGUGUAACGGCUUACAUUCAUUGUAAACGAAAACAGAAGGAAUUACGGUCGAGCAAUAAUUCCGUCGAUACAGUGGAUGGUCCUGGUCGAGAUCCGGAGCUGAGGCCGUUCAGCAAUCGCUCUCUUAUGAUCUUUAUGGCCAAGAAUACUAACAACUCGGCGACGAUAGAGCAGACGAGAAUGCCCAACUGGAAUAGUUCAGACACAGAGUCGAUGAGAAUGGCGUCCAUCAGUGAGAGCAAGCACUCGAGUCAAUAGCGAACUGCAUGACGCGUCGUCUAUAUACAACGUUUUACCACGAUUUGUUAUCGGCGAUAUUCGAGACGUACGAGAAAUCAUCGGACAAACUGUCCGAUUUAAUUGAAAGUAGUUUGAAAUGUCUCAAGACAGCAGCGGCCUUUAGUAGCCUUUACUAGCGAACUUGUUGAGAAAUAUUCUAAUUAUUUAAUUCAGCGAGUGAUGAACAACCAUUCUAACGCGGUGCUGAGAGAUGCAAAUCAAGUACGAUUUCUGAGCUGAUGACACGUACCAAAUACGACGAUGUAGAUCUCUCUCUUCGAUUAUUAUAUCAUUAUAUCGAGCUCAUUAUAUUCCCGUACUGUCAUAAUAUAUCUUCUGUUUUAAUCGAAGGGACAUUUGAUGCUCGUUGAUUAUAUCGUGUAUUCCUUCUAAUGAAUAUUUUUAUGAACAGUUCGCGAAGAAUAAAGCUUUUGUCCAAAAGUCUAAAGAGACUUUGCAUGAAUAACAUGAUGUUCGAGGACAAAACAUUUCCGUAGAUUUCUCUGUGAAAAUGAUAGGCUCGUGACCAUUGAAUGUCGUUUUUACGCAAAUGUUUGUAUAGUAUCGCGUCUUACUUUCAUCACUCAUUAUCAACGAACAAGAAAAACAAAAAAGUAAUACAUGUGUCAGUUGCAAAAGUAGUGCCUUUCUACUCUCGUUUGUAAAAAAGCAAAUAGUUGUGCGGUGCAUCUGAUCAAAAAGAAUCAAAUAGGGGGAAAAGAGAGAGAAAAUCGCCUGUGUGUUUACUUCUCUCUACUUAAAAUUCGCGACGAGCGUCGUCUAAUUACUAAUCGUGUUAUGAGCGCAGGACGUUGAUACACGCUAGUGACGAAAUAUCCUCUUGUAAAACACAAUAGCUGUAAAGCGCUGAGUAGACAAGGUAAAACCUUUGAUUUUUGGUACGUGACGCUACUCAUGCUACUCGAUCCCUAAUUUCGUUCGUUAUUUACGAAAGACUUUAAAAUCUGGAUAGCAAUUAUGUAACUUUUUCUUAUGUAAGAAUUUUCUCCAUUAAUCUUUAAUGGUAAAAAUUUUAACUUUUCCACAUUUCUAUCCUACGAAAAACUUACACAUUGUUGUUCCGGUAUUUUCGCAUAUAUACGAUGAUAAACACAAAUGCGUUUUGUCAUGAUGUAUCACGUUCUUUCGUCGCAGAGGUCUAACGCAUUGCGACCGGAUUUAGUAAUUUGCAUCAUAUUUUCCCUUAGGCUCUUCCAAAGAACGUUCACGAACGCGAUCGAACGUACCACUAGUAUCAAAGGGUUAAAUGAACAUAUGUGUCUUACAUAGAAGUAUCUAAGAUUUAAAUUUAGAUUAAAUCCAACGUCUUACCAGAAAGCAAUAGUUCCCUAAGCACAUAUGAAGUACAUUUUGCCGCUAAAAUAGAGAAAUGCUAUUUAUUGCUAAUUGGUUAGAAAGAUUCUAUUGACGUCAGAUCGCCAUCCGGCGUUAUACUGUUAUAUAUUGACAAAUAUUUUCUCAAGACGUUUUUUGCCCCUAUAACGCGAGAUAUUAUUUAUUGAAUCUUAGGCACACACAAAAUGACGUACUUAUAGUGAAUCAAUUUUCGUUUCCACAUUUGUAACCACAAACGGUAAAAAUAUUUAAAAACACAAUGGAAUUACAAGCGCCGUUAGCUAUUAUCGUAAAUUAGAACAGCAAAUAUAGUAGAAAAAUUAAUUCGACUUUAUAUAAGCGUAGAUCAUAAUUUGCUGAUUCCGCGAUAAAAAAAUUGCGAUUAAAAAUUUGCUUCAUCCGUUUACACGGGAAAAAGUCAAAUAUGAAAUUAAAAGAAUUUCUACAACUUUUCGUCCUGUGUAUCGAUUUCAAAACAAUGGAAUAAAUAUUGAAUGAUACACGCAUAUAUCAUUUCAGAUAUUAAUUCGAAUUAAUUGUCAUUAAUAUUCUCAUAUGUAAAAUAAAGGAGUAACAUGCCGACAUUGUUAAAUUGUUCGGCGAAAUCAAGAAAAUUGCUAUAUUGUCUAAUAUUAAAUUAUAUCGAUCAUGCAUCGUUCUCUCUUGUUUCGUUACUUAUUUAUUUAUUUAAGAUAAAAGGUCUUCGUUCAUAUGCAAUUACAACCGAAUUUAUCAUUUUUUCUUACGUCUCACUUUUCUAUUUGAAACCUUUCCGUCUUUCAGAUUGCUGGUUGAUAAUGUAUGUAGCAUUACAAAAAUGUUAAUAAUACAAUAGAAAGUGAAACUGAUAUAUACAUAUAUACACACACACGUGUGUGUGUGUGUGUGCGUGCGUGCGUGCGUGCGUGCGUGCGUGCGUGCGUGCGUGCGUGCGUGCGUGCGUGCGUGCGUGCGUGCGUGUGUGUGUGUGUGUGUGUGUGUGUCUCAUAUAGGAAGCUGGGCCUCCUUGUCAUUUUGUCUCAGCUUCUUGUAUAUAGUAAAUUAUUUUAUAUUUAAAAAAAUUCAGAUUACACAUAUAAUAAUAUGUUAGUUAAAAAAAGGCAAUAUUUCAUUACGCCACAUCGUAUUACACAGUACUAUGUUCCAUCAGCCUGAUACCUCAUCGUACCAUGAUGCACUGCGCUUCAAAAAAACCGAAAUGCAUAUUUUUAUAAUUGAAUAAUUUGUUGAAAAAAAAACAUACCUGAACGAGAUGACAGAAAACAUACUGAAAGUACAUUGAACGACGAUUCAAUAGUAAUUUGUAUAUUUGUAGAUAAUCUCGAGUAAAAAAAGAAAACUUCCAAAUGCUUUUGUUUCACCUUUUUUACAUUAGUCACUCAUCCGUCGCUCGUCGCUUUGAGAUACAUUUAGUAAUAAUAAUUAUAACAAACGGCUUUCUCUAUUCAAACUACUCAAGGUUUUUGCUUACAAAGAAAAAGGUAGAGCUAAAGAGAAAGAAAAAGCUUAAAAUAAGAAAAUGAAAGAAGCGUGGCCUAAACAUUUAUAAAAGCGAAUAUAAAUAGUAUUUUUAUUAUUUAUAAAUAGUUCUCAUUAACAAAAUGUAUUCUAAUUUAAUUUCUCUCAUAUUUCAUAUUGUACGUGGUUCCUAAUUUAUUAUUAUAUAUAUUAUAUAUAUUAUAUUUACUAUAUAAUAAUAAUGAUACAUAUACUAUUAUUAUUAUUAUUAUUAUUAUUAUUAACUAAUGUAAUUAUGACAAUUUGUUUACUAUUAGAAAUUAUUCUUAUUAUUUCAAUAAAACUAUUUAAUAAGA